AUGGAUAAAAAGACUUACCGCAGUGGUCUCGUGUUUACAUCCAGCCUUGAACCUCAAUCAACAGAGAUGAAGACUUUUUUAAUCGUGUUCGUAGCAGCAUCAGCAGCAGCCCAGCAGGUCCCGGAUGUGUCCGUGCGACUCGCUGGCGAUGGCUUCUUCCGCCGAGGAACCGCAGCCGUCUCGAGCUCACCCUCCGCGGGGUUUCAGCCGAGGGCGAGCCUCCCGGCCGACGGCGGGCAGCAGGCCAGUCCCGCCGCUUCAGGAGGCGGCCGAUCUGGCUCGCCGAGCGGCAGCAGUGCCUCUGGUGCUACGUCGAGCGGCAGCAGGUUUCGGUCGGGCUCCGCCAUCGGACGUCAGGCUGACGUAGGCGACGUUGACGAAGCCGUGGACGGCGUGUUCGAGCCCCUCAACCUCCCGGCCUCGGCCUCUAGCCUGCUGGGGAGCAUCUCCACCGCCUUCUCCUGCGACGACCUCCCCUACGGCUACUACGCCGACCGCGACAACGCCUGUCGCGUCUACCACGUGUGCUACCCGGCGCUCUUCGGCGACGGCGACAGCGUCACGUACCAGUACAGCUUUCACGGCAGUAGUAACCGCGGCUCAGCAGUUCCAGGCAAGGGACAUUGCUGUGCGACUCGCUGGUCCGAACUUCUUCCCACGAGCACCCUCCUCUGCAUCGAGUUUGUUUUCCCCGUUUGGUUCGUUAAGUGGCGGGGUUCGUUAAGUGGUAACAGAAUCCAGGCUGAUUCUUCAAUAGGUGGAAACAGAUUCCAAUUUGGUUCUGGAAGUGGACGUGGAUCAACAUUCGCUUCCUUCAGUAACAGCGGAUCCCAGUCAGGUCCAACAAGCACUGCUGGAAUUCAGUCUGGUCAAAUCAGUAACAAUGGAUUCCCAUUUGGCUCAUCUGACGAAAAUGGCAGUGUCUUCCAGUCUGGUUCCGCAAGCAAUAAUGGGUUACAGUCUGGUGUAGGAACUGAAUCUAGAAUCCAGCUUGAUUCAGAUUCGAGACUUCAGCCUGGUCCUGUCACUGGUUCUGGAACCCAGUCUGGUUCUAUUACAGACUCUGGAUUCCAGUCUGGUGCAGUAACAAACACAGGAUUCCAGCCUGGUUCAGUCGCAGACUCUGGAUUCCAAUCAGGCUCUAUCACAACUUCUGGAUUCCAGUCUGGUUUAGUCACAGACUCUGGAUUCCAGUCUGAUACAAUCACAAACACCGGAUUCCAGUCAGGUUCAAUUACAGAUCCUGGAUUCCAGUCUGGUGCAGUCACAAACACAGGAUUCCAGUCUGGUGCAGUCACAAACACAGGAUUCCAGUCAGGUUCAGUUACAAACUCUGGAUUCCAGUCUGGUGCAGUCACAAACACAGGAUUCCAGUCAGGUUCAGUGACAGAUUCUGGAGUCCAAUCUGGUGCAGUCACAGAUGCAGGAUUCGAGUCUGGCUCUAUCACAGGUACAGGAUUCCAGCCCAGUUCCAUAACAAACACUGGAAUUCAGUUUGGCUCAAGUGGAAGUGGAGUAGGACUUGGUUCGUCCAGUGAUAGCGGCUUCCAAUCUGACUCAAUAAGUAGCACCACAUUCCAGUUUGAUUCAGACCUUAACGCUAACUUAGCAUCUGAUUCUCCAAGUAUCAGCUUUGAACCUGUAUCAACAAGCAGUAGUGGAUUUGGAUCUGACACACCAGCCAAUAACGGAUUACCAUCUAGUUCAGGACCAACGAAUACUCCAUUCCAGCUUGAUUCAUUUAUCCAGUCUGGAUCACCAGGUGAGAGGGGAACUGAUUCUAACUUUGGAUCUCUAACAAAUGGAAAUGAUUCUCCAAGCAUCACUGGAUUCCAAAUCAGCUCCAGUGGUUCCCCAUUUGAAACCCUUGGUACUUCAGGCUUCAUAUCUUCUUCCUUGUCUGAGAGUGUAUUUGGUUCAGAUACAUCAACUGGCAGCAGGUUAAGUUCUGAGACAUCAAAUGGCGUCAAUUUUGGAACUGGUACAAGCAGUGUCAGCUUUGGCCCAAGUACAUCAAGCAGCGGCAGUUUUGGAGCAAGUACAUCAGGCAUCAGCAGUUUAGGACCAAGCACAUCAAGCAAUAGUGGUUUUAGAGCAAGUACAAGUGGUAACACAUCAAGCAGCAGCAGCAAUUUUGGACCCAGUGCAUCUCGUAGUAGCAGUUUUGGACCCAGUACAUCAAGUAGCAGCAGCUUUGGACCAAGUACGUCAAGCAGCAGCAGUUUUGGGUCUGGUACAUCAAGCAGAAGCAGAACAUCAAGUGCCAGCAGACUCGAAUCUAGGACAUCAAGUGGCAACAGAUUUGGCACUGCAACUGGCAGCGAAUUUAACUCUUCAAGCCGAAGAAGACUUGGUGCAGCUAAUAGCAGCAGAUCAAGCACACUUGGCAGUAGCAGUUUCGGAUCUAGAGCACCAACCGCCAGUAGAUUUGGUGCAACUGGCAGUGUACUUGGAUCUGGAGCAUCCAGAGCCAGCAGAUUUGGUGCGUCAAAUAGUGGGUUUGGUCUAGCAACUAGUACUGGUUCCACUGGAUCUUCAGACAUAGUAAAUGGAGUUUUUGAGCCCCUCAAUCUUCCGGCAGGAGCAUCUCGCUUGCUAAACAGCAUAUCAACCUCUUUCUCCUGCGAAGGUCGUCCUUACGGCUACUACGCAGACCAGGAUAACUCUUGCCGGAUCUUCACUAUUUGCUAUCCAGCUCUUUUCUCAGACGGAGCUAUCGAAACCUACCAAUACAGCUUCCUGUGUGGUGAGAGUUCUGUGUUCGACCAGAAGGAGCUAACCUGCGUGGAGGAGUCAACCGCCAUUCCUUGUCAAGAAUCUUCCAGUUAUUACUACAGGAAUGAGCAGUUCGGUCGGCCAGAAGAGAGGUCGCGAUUUAGUUAAAGGAAAUACAAGAAUUAACCGAAUUUACUGUGAAAUAAAAGACUUAAC